UAGUAGACUUACCAUUCGCCUCGCGCGCUCCCAAAUUCCCUGCCCGUCCCGCUGCCCGCUCCGCGCCACCGCCUCCCCCCUCCCUUCCCCGCUGCCAUGAGCUCCACCUCCUCGGGCCGCCGCGCUCCGCCGGCUGGGGCGGCGGCCUCUCCGGGCCAGAAGCGGGCGAGGGACGACGGCAGCGUGUCCCCUUCCGACACAGGCUCCGCCCCCGCCAAAAACCCUCGCCGCGCAUUCUCCUCCUCCCCGUUCGCCGAUUUCGGCAGCUACAUGGCCGCGAAGAACAGCAAGCUCGCCGCACAGUUCGACGCCGACUUGUCCACCUCCGGCGCGGCCACCGGCGGUUUAUUCGCUGGCGUUUCCAUCUUCGUCGACGGCUUCACCGUGCCCUCGAGCCAGGAGCUGAAGGAGAUUAUGCUGAACAACGGAGGUCGGUUUGUUAACUACUUCUCGAGGCAUACGGUGACGCACAUUGUUUGCAGCCACCUGCCUGAUAGCAAAAUGAGAAAUCUAAGAGCGUUCAGUAAGGGACUUCCUGUUGUGAAACCGGCAUGGGUGGUGGAUUCCUUGGCAGAGAACCGGCUCCUCCACUGUUCUCCAUAUCAAAUAUGUCAGCAUAGUUCUUUAAGCCGAAAGCAGACGAAGCUUUCUGCUUUCUUUUCAGAGAAACAAAAUGGAAUGCGUUGUCAGGGGGAGCUAAGUAAUCAAAGUGAGGACCUUGAGUUACAAUCUUCUUCUGUUCAAGAGGGUUCGCAAUGUCAAAGUGGGGCUUGUGAAAGCGAAGGGUCAUUAUCCAAUGAGGAGUUACCUAAGGACUCACUAUCCUCAGAUGAACAGAAAUCUACAUUUGAAGAAAGAGGUAGUCAAGAUUUUAUGCGCGAUGAGGGUGAGUAUGAUUGUGAAACUGCAUGUUCAGAGAGGAGGGGCAAUGACUUGGAUGGUAAGGUUGACACGGCUCAGUCCCCUGAUGCUAAGUCAAGGUGUUCAAACUUACGCAGUACAAGCUCUACAGGCAGCCAUUUGCCCUUGCCAUUGGAGAAAAAUGAAGCUAAACCUUAUAGUCGUCCACAUUCAACCCUGACAGACCCAAAUUUUGUUGAGAAUUAUUUCAAGUACUCUCGACUGCACUUCAUUGGGACAUGGAGAAAUCGGUAUCGUAAGCGCUUCUCAAACUUCCUAGAAGUUAAAAGCAUUAAGACAAACCAUGAUCAUUCAGGGAAGAAGAAAACAAUAAUUCAUAUUGAUAUGGAUUGCUUUUUUGUAUCUGUCGUCAUCAGAAAUAUGUCAGAGCUGCAUGAUAAACCAGUAGCAGUUUGCCAUUCGGACAAUCCUAAAGGAACCGCAGAAAUAUCAUCUGCAAACUAUCCGGCACGAAAUUAUGGGAUAAAGGCUGGCAUGUUUGUUAGAGAUGCUAAAGCUAGGUGCCCUCACCUAAAGGUUGUUCCCUAUAACUUCGAUGCAUAUGAGGAGGUUGCUGACCAGUUCUAUGGUAUUUUGCACAAAUAUUGCAAUAAGGUUCAGGCUUUGAGCUGUGACGAAGCUUUUUUGGAUAUGACUGAAUGCUUGCAUGAUAAUCCGGAGGAAGUAACAUGGAGAAUCAGAAAUGAGAUUUUUGAUGCAACAAAGUGCACUGCUAGCGCAGGUAUUGCUGAAAACAUGCUCGUAGCUCGGUUAGCUACCAGAUCUGCAAAGCCGAAUGGACAGUGCUUUAUUCCCUCUGAGAAGGUUGAUGAUUAUUUGAAUAGUCUCCCUAUCAAAGCACUUCCAGGCAUUGGUCAUACUGUUUCAGCUAAACUGAAAAGCAAAGAAAUUGAAUAUUGUGGCCAACUUCGCAACAUUCCAAAGGAUGUCCUCCACAAGGACUUUGGAAAAAAGAUCGGUGAUCUUUUAUGGAACUGUUGCAGAGGAAUUGAUCAUUCAAUUGUUGGAGCUGUUCAGGAAACCAAAUCUGUGGGUGCUGAAAUCAAUUGGGGAGUCAGAUUUAACGACAACAAAGAUGUGGGUCCUUUCUGUUUCUCUUUUCUGUAUCAUUAUAGUGCAAUGCCGUUUCAUGUUUAUUCUCUUUUAUGUUGGUUGCAGGCUGAGCAUUUUCUUACCAACCUCUGCAAGGAGGUUUCUCUACGCUUGCAGGGGUGUGGAGUCCAGGGACGUACUAUUACCCUUAAGGUUAAAACAAGAAGGAAAGAUGCUGGAGAGCCAAUAAAGUACAUGGGAUGUGGUGACUGUGAAACCGCGAGUCGCUCUAUGACGAUCGCAGGUGCAACUGACAGUUUUGUCACUCUUCAGAGAAUUGCAAAACAAAUAUUUGCAGCAUUUUGUGCUGAUGUGAAGGAAGUUCGUGGAGUUGGACUUACAAUGUCAAAGCUCGAGCAUGCAGAUUUGGUUCGGGGAGCACCACAAGGGAAUAUGCUUGAAUCAUGGCUUGGUUCACCAUCUGCAAAGCUCAAGAAACAGUGCAGUGAGAAAAUCGUCUUGCUGGGGAAUGUUGAUGUGGCAGGAACUAGCGAACUGCAGGAUUUGAGAACAUCUAGCCCAUCAUUUCAAGGUGCGGCAUCCUAUUCAUCAGAGGUGAACCUUACAAGUGAUAGGUCUACUGGAGUUCAUAAUGUUGAGCUGCCGCCAAUAUCCCAACUUGAUUUGGAGGUCCUGAAGAACCUUCCUCCAGAGAUAAUAUCUGAAAUGAAUGACAUGUACAAGGGAGAAUUGCAUGGUUUUCUGGACACAGUCAAUAGUGAUAAGGGCAAGGAAAGUAGUUCAAAAUCUCACUCCAUGCAUUUGGAGGAGGGUACUAAGGGAAAAUCAGACAAACAGCUAUCAGAAGUUCAAGCGGCCAAUAAUGCUUCAUGCUCAAGGGCCAGUGAAUUGGUUGAGAAAACAACAAAAAGUGUUCCACAGCUUGAUUUGAUGCCCGAUUCUCUGAGCCAGGCAGACUUAACGGUUCUGCAGGAAUUACCCGAUGAUGUGAAGGCUGAUUUGUUUAGCACGCUUCCAUUACAUAGAUCAGGAAAUCCUACAUGCAGCACAUCCAAUGUUUCUGGAAAUAAAUCUCCUAAUGUUGGUGGAGCUGAAAAUAAAUCUCCUAACGAUGGUGGAGCUGAUGAUCCAGGAAGUUCUCAAAAAUGGAUCGAACAGUUUAGAGUUAGCAGUUGCCUGAUAUUGAAUGUAAUUGCAGAGCAACACACUGAUUCCAGCUCGAGUCAACCAUUAUCUUCUGUUUUAGAGCCUGUAGCUUCGUUCCUUCCUUUGUGCCCAAACUCAGGUAGUGAAGAAUGGAAUGAAACGCUCUCGUGUCUCUCCGAGCUUCUUACACAGUAUAUACAAUUUAAAGUUGAAACUGAUAUUGAAGAGCUCCAUAAAUGUUUCUGCCUUCUGAAAAGGUUUGCGUCAGCAUCAGCGUUUUUUCAUGAAUUACACAAUAGCAUUCUUCCUUUUCUACAGGAUUCUGUCAGUCAGCAUUACGGUGGGACACUGCAUUUCUAGCUCGAUGCUCAAGUUCUAGCCAUUCUGCUGUAGAGGAAAAUGCAAUGAAGUAAAACAUGUGUACCGUUGCGACCCUCCUUAGCUUGUCAGUGCCAGUCAUGACGGUAUGUCUUAAGUGCAUGGCAACUUUGGCACCCUGACAAGUCUCAUGCUGGGAGAUUCCAUGGCCGGGCUUGUAGUUAUUUUCUUAAAAUCUAAUGUAAAUGCGAAGAUGUAAUGCCGGGAUCACCCAGCUCUAUAGCUUUUUUUUAAA